AUUCCUUUAAAGUACUUUAUUAUCAUUGAUACUUUUAAAUCACGUGACAUCUUCGGUAUAUAUAGUCGUGUGAUAACACUAUUAUCUUGUAUAAUCCAAAUCUAUUGAUUCCAUAAAUAUGAAUUCACUGAAAAUGAAUACUCUUCGUUGCUAAUCUUCUUGAUAAGAAUGGAUUUCUUAUUGAAUUUAGAAUCCCAUCAACCACAACUAUACGUGACUGCAAGCAUCUUCAAUAAUUCUAAAGAUACAAACUUAUUAUUACAUUCAUCGCCAGCAAGCCAUCAACAGACAACUGAAGUAACCGAUUCUCAAGAUGUUAACUGUUCAUAUCCAGAUGAUUAUAUAUCAAUACAGGAAUUCUCCACUAAAAAUACCACAAAUUUAUAUCCUAAGUACAAUUUAACACUUUCAAGUGAUUGGUCUGAGUUUUUAAAAAUUUACCUUGAAAAUUAUGUCUCCAGUGCUUUCUUAUUUGAUAUUACCUUAACACCAGGAUUUAAAUCACACGGUCAAAUAAAAUCUACAGUGCACCUAAGCAAUUGUUAUGAAUCAUAUAAGAUAUGUGAUUUUCAAGUUAUUGGUCAAUAUCAAUGCAAAGAAGACAGUGUUCAUGAUGUUAAGCAGUAUGACUUUUUAAAUAAUAAAAAUAAUACUUCAAUAAAACAAAUAAUACCUAACAAAGAAGAUUGUGAAAAAAUUUGUUGGGCAAUAAAACAGCCACAUACAUAUAGAAAUGGUGGGUUAUACAUAUGUGGGAAAAGGUAUAAAGUUCUCUAUACUGAUUUCAAUGAAGCACUAAUGGCCACUGAACAAAGUGGAAUAAAUAAAAUGGAUCCAAGUACUUUCACAGCGACACGACUAAAACGAUACAAUAAAGACGAUGCAGAUACUAAAGGAAAUUUGAAAUUCAUGCUGUUAAUUGGAUUUCACAAAUAUAAUCAAGAACAGGAAAAAUGCAAUGAAGCUAUAAUGGAUACAAUGGGUUUACUGAGAAGAAAAUUAACAUGUUACAGUGUAUAUUGAAAACUGAAAUUAUUUGUUUGUUAUUUCUAACUACUACUUAUUUUGUAAGUAGUGUAUAUUUUAAAAACAAAAAUCCUAUUUGUAAGUGGC